CAGGAAGCUUCAUCAAGCAACAACUGAAACUAACUAUCAGACCUGAUAUUUACUCAAAGUGCCACAGAGCCAUCUGAAGCAACAAACCAGCAGUCUUACAGGAAGUAAGGGGCGGAGCUUAUAGCCGAGUGAAGAUUUUGUGGUGGAGGCAGCAUGGCAUACUCCAGUGGUCCACUAAAUGAGGAGCUCCAGUGCUCCAUCUGUCUGGAUGUGUUCACUGAUCCAGUCACCACUCCAUGUGGACACAACUUCUGCAGAAGCUGCCUGAACAAGUGCUGGACAAACACAGAGACUUGCUUCUGUUCUGUCUGUGAAGAACAAUUCAGCAGAAGACCUGAUCUUGAGAUUAAUACAACACUCAGAGAGGUUGUGCAACAAUUUCAGGAUAAGCUCAAACUAGAAAAAUCUGAAGUGUUCUGUGACUUCUGUGAUGAAAGAGAGCAUAAAGCUGUGAAGUCCUGUCUGACAUGUCAAAGCUCUUACUGUGAGAGUCACCUGGAGCCUCAUCUCAGAGUCCCACGUCUAAAGAAACACACACUGAUCAACGCUGUGGAAAAUCUGGAGGAUUAUUUAUGCCAGAAACAUGAGAGACCUCUGGAGCUGUUCUGCAGAGAUGAUCAGACGUGUGUGUGUUUGUCCUGCACUGAAGGAGACCACAGGAGUCACAACACUGUUCCUAUAGAGGAGGAGAGUCAACAGAAGAAGAUUCAGCUGUUUCAGACACAGACAGACAUGCAGCAGAUGAUCCAGAAGAGAAUGAAGAAGAUUCAAGAGAUCCAGCACUCAGUAGAGCUGAGAAAGAGGAACACAGAGGAAGAGAAAUCGUCCAGUGUUGAUCUUUUCACUGAUCUGAUCCGCUCCAUUGAGAGAUGUCAGUCUGAGCUGCUAAAGAUGAUGGAGGAACAGCAGAAAGCAGCAGAGAAACAGGCUGAAGAUCUCAUUAAAGAGCUGCAGCAGGAAAUCACUGAUCUGAAGAAGAGAAACACUGAGCUGGAGCAGAUCUCACACACUGAUGAUCAUCUGCAGCUCCUGCAGAAGUUAUCAUCCCUGUGCAGUCAUCCACACAUCAAGAACUGGACUGAGAUCAGGACUGACUCUGAUGUGAAUGUGCUUCCUAUCAAAAGAGCUUUGAUUCAGCUGGAGAAAACUCUAAAUGAAAAACUCUGUCAGUCAGGAUUGAAGUGUCUACAGAAGUUCGCAGUGGAUUUGACUCUGGAUUCUGAUACAGCGAAUCCAUAUCUCAUCCUGUCUGGAAAUGGAAAACAAAUGGACAUUUAAAUGAGGAGUCCUAUAAUCAGACAUUUGAAAACACGGCGCUCUGCAAAAAUGGUGGAGAAUGUGUGCAGCUCCUGGAAAAGGCAAAGGCCAACUUCAGAGAAAAGAACUGCAGAAUAAAAGCCCUUGAAACUCACCUAGAUGAGUCAAGAAACAAGAUCAGCUGCAUAACACGACAGAUGGACUACAUCAAAGAAGAGUCAGACAGCUUCAGAGAAGAACUCAGACAUGCCUACGAGCUGCGCCCUGAGCCUCCAAGGACACGGCGGGGACCAGUCUCACCCCUGCCAAACAGGCCCAGGUCCCCUGUUCCUGGACUGAAACGGGAUCAAAAGGGGAAGGGUGAAGUGCUGAAACACUCAUCAACCUCUACAAGUCAUUCAAGAACCUCUACAAGCUCGCCAGGAACAUUGCCAGAUUGGCAGUCAUGAUAUCACAGGAUAUCUGCAAGAUGUCGACUUUCAUCUGGAAAUGAGACUCAAUGUCACCGACAAAGAUAGACUUUAUUUGAUUCGAGGAACAUCCAGCUCAGAGGUUCACAGUUUCCUGAACCGACAGCCGGCCCACACAAAGACUGAUUACCACCUGCUCAGAGAAGCCCUCAUCAAAGAGUUUGCUGACCCUGAGUGGCUGCCCUGGAGAUGAAGCAAGGUCAUCAGGAAUCUUCUCAAUUGUUCUACAGCCGACUAAGACAGGCGUACUUCGGGACUCGCAAUGAACAGAAUAUGGAGCAAGAUGUACAUUUCAAAACUCUCUUGCUGAGGAAUCUUCACCAUUGUGUAAGCCACCAUCUUGGUGUACUUGCAUGUCCACGCACAAUGAGUGCUUAACAACUGCAAGAAUUGGCGCACAAGGCCUACUGCAAACAGAAGAUGGCUUCAGAAAAGAGCAUCAAAACCACGGCAGUUCUCGCCUUCAACACUCAGAGUCAGGGGCUGGCCUAGAGGCCUAGAGCCAUCAAGAUCAUGCCAAAUUAACACCCAAAGAGUGAAAUGCAUCCUCGUCCAACAGAGAACUGGACUCUCAUGCUGGUAUAUGACCUAAACAAAGGUACAACUGCUGGGAUGGACCUCAUGGACGACAACGCUCACCUGGACAUAAAUUUAAUUAAAUGAAAAAUUACAUUUAUGCAUUUAGCAGACGCUUUUAUCCAAAGCAACUUACACUGCA